AUGGCUCCCAACCCCUACCUCCUCGCCGCCGACAACAAGCCCGAGCUCCUGCCCCUCCUCCGCGAAAACCCCGCCAUCGCCUCGGAGCAAGACGACCACGGUUACUCCCUCCUGCACGCCGCCGCCAGCUACAACCACCUCGACCUCCUCCGCGCGCUCGUCCUCGAAUUCAAGGCCAACGUCGACAUCCGCGACGAGGACGACGAGACCCCGCUCUUCGUCGUCGAGACCGUCGAGGCCGCGCGCCUCCUUGUCGAGGAGCUGGGCGCCGACGUCAACGCUGUAGGUUCCGAGGGCUUGACCGCGCGGCAAAGAUUGACGCCGAAGGCGACUUCCCGAGGUGGUUGCAUACCUUGCCACCAAGGAGGCUGGGUCCACCGCCGCCAGUGGUGGUGCUGGAGCCGAGACCGAUGCGCUUCCCCGCUGCCCGAGGGCCUACGGGUGACGGUGGGCACGAUGGAUGCUGAGCAGGAUGUCCCCGCCGAGGUCGACCCCGAGUUUAGGCGAAAGAUUGAGGAAUUGGCGGCGCGCGAGGAUUUCCAAACGCCCGAAGGCCAGGCUGAGCUGCGCCGGCUCGUGGAGGAGACCGUGUUCGCCGGAGACAUGUCGGAGGAUCGAAACGUCCGCCAGAAGCAGUAG